AUGUGGAAGGAAGGACUAACCGAGCGGGCGGGCUCGGCGACGGAUGUCGGGCCCCGAGGUCACCCUGGAAUCUCCCCCGGCAAUGUCCAGCCGGGGUCCGGGCUGAGCGAGGACCAGAUGGCUUCGCAGGGGCCACCGGUGAACAUAGGGGUGGCAGCGGUCUUCCUCUCCGAUGAGCCCCUGAGCUCGACGCUGGCGGUGGAUGCCCUAGUGCGAGGCGGCAGGCACGAGGAAGCUAUCGGACGCUGUAACGCCCUACUGAACGCUCACCCCGAACGCUCGCUCCAGCUCCAGCUCCUGCUGACCCGGGCGUUGGCCUGGGUACUGUCCGGGCGACACGGCAGGAACGGGGUGGUGGACUACCUCCAGGCCUUUGCCAAUCGGCGAGAGGAGACCCUGGACUUCAUCACCACCAGGCAGAGGGACCACUUGCCCCGCAUCGUGGAGGCUUUCUGCGACUACGUCUCGCACCAUCACCGAGAUCAGGACACCCCCAGCCACCUGCUGAGCGACUGCCAACACUUCCUGCAGGAAGUAGCCCCCAGGGCACUGCCCCACCCUCACCCCGACCCCCAUCCCCGCCCCGACCCCGGCAAAGCCGAGACCUCGAAUUCCGGGACCCCGGCCCAGAUCCUGGUGGAGCGAGCGGCCUUGCGUUACGCGGCGGGCGCUGGGGAGAGCGACGCCGUGUUGGAUCUGGCCUCAGCCUUCGAGGUCUCCCCGGGGUUGGCCGAGCGGCGCUUUCGGGAGCUCUUCCCGCCCCAGGACGCGACCGCCAUCUUGGAUCACGCCAAGCGUUUCGCAGAGUCGCGUUUUUCCGAGUACCGGGAGACGGUGAGGUGCAGGGUGGAGCUGCGGUGCGAGGGCGGGGCCGAGCUCCUGGCACAGGUCCUCCCGGUGCUGAGACUCGUACUCCGCCUGGAGCCGGACAACAACCGGGACCUGCAGAUCCGACUGGCCGACUGUGCCCUCCUGUCCGGUGACACCGCCGGAUCCCUGCGGGCCUGCGAGCGACUCCUGGACUCCGACCGGCAAACCUACCACAAUACCAUCCUGGCGCUCCGCGGAUUCUGCCACCUGCGGGCCCUCCAGACCUCCGAGGCCCUGGAGGACUUCCAGGCGGUGCUGGAACACGACUCUCCCCACCCCGGCAGCUGUGUCAAGGCACUGUGUGGCCGGGGCCUGACACGAAUGGUGGCCGGCAGCAACUAUCUCGCCGCGCUGGACUACAUCACGGCCUGCCGGCUCCGGCUGGAUGAGACGGCCCUCGUGACCAAGUCCUAUGUGCCCUGGAACCUCCGAGGUUUGCUCUUCAAGGUGCUCCAAGAGGAAGGGCAGAAGAUCCUUCGGGGGAAAGCCUCCCAGCCGCUGGCCAGCCCCACGGCCAGGGGGGAGCAGGGAGCCGAGCGAGGGUUCCAAAACGCCUUCUUCAAAGAGGGAGAUGUGCUGGGGGUUCAUAGCUUGGCCUCGAUGCUGCUGGAGUUGGACCCUUCGGACGUCGAGUCCCGAAUCUUGUCGGCGGACGCUCUGUACCAGCUGGACCGCGUGGAGGAGGCUCACAAACUCCUGCUGGUCUCUCUGAACAGCACAGGGCAGCGACCGUCGGUGCUGGCCCGGCUUGCCCUGCUUCAGCUAAAGAAAGGCUUCCUGUACGACGCUAACCAGCUGAUCAAGAAAGUGAUUCAGAUCGGGGACACCUCCUGUCUGCUGCCCAUCAUGGACAUCUUCAAGGCGGACGACCGGGCAUUGAUGGAGAGACAUUGCCACUCCAACGCGAUGUCGAUCCUGCAGAACAAGGAAGGGGACACUUACGUCAAGGAAGCUGUGGCAUAUCUCUCUCUUGCCAUCAUCUCUUCGGGAGGCACUGCGUCAGAUGCUCUCCUGACAAGAGCCCGAUGCUACUCGCAUCUGAACCAGAAGAAAACGGCCAUCUUUGACUUCGGGUCCAUUCUGAAGACCAGCCCUAACCACGUGCAGGCGCUCUGCGGCCGAGCAUUUACCUACGCCAUCCUUUGCAAACAGAAGGAAGCGGUUCAGGACAUGGUCCUGGCUCUGAAGGCGGACCAGACCCUGGCUCUCGGUGAGGUGCAGUCUCUGAGGCCCGAGGCCCAGGCCCUGAUCACAGGCUGGCUGCACGAGCACUGCACUAGGAGCCUGACUGGGGCCCAAGCGGCUAACAGAGGGAGCUUGGCUCCAGAGGAGCUGCUCAAUCUUCAGGUGAUCAGUCGAUCUCUACUCACCAUCGAUGAGAAUAAUCCAGCCUGGCACCUUCUGGGCGUCGACAUAUCAAUUGCUGAAGGAAUGUACGAAGACGCCUUGGGAGACUUGCAGGAGGCUUUCGGGACUUCCCUCGGGAAUGUGUGCGCCAAGGCCAGGUACGGCAUCAUCCAGGCCACCAAGGGCAACCUACAGCUGGCCACCCAGAACCUCAGCUCCCUGGCCGAGAGGGACAACCGGGAUUUGGGAUUUCUUUUGGGAUUCCUGGAUAUCAAAGUGCGGCGCCUCAUCGCUCAGGUGGCGUCUCAGGAGGCGAACGCCUUGGCCAAAGAAAAUCGCCAGGAGAAGGCAUUGAGGUGUCACACUCUGGCCGUGCUGGCCAGCGACAGGGCGAGGUACGUGCGUGCACGGGCGACGUGCCUGGCCAGGCUGAAGCAGUACGAGAGGGCCCUGGGCGACCUGAGCCAGCUCAUCGAGCAGGGUCGCUCCCCCGAGCCAGUGGAAGAUUACUGUGCCAGGGGCCACGUCCGGCUCCUCGUCCUCCGGACCGCGAGGCCGGGCCGGCUUAGCCUGUCCCAGCGCUUCCACCACGCGGCUCUGAGCAGCUUCGAGCGGGGGCUUUUCGAGGACGCCUGGCGCCUGGCGGACAGUGGGAUGGUGGUGGACGAGGCCAACGUUGAGCUCAGGAGGCUGAAGGCCAGGAUCAAGCGGGAAGCUUCAGGCUGUGUGGUUCACUAGCAGCACCUCCCCACGACUGAUGGCCUGCGGGAUUUUGGUGCUGAUCGAGCCCCAGAGAACGAGUUCUGAACCGCUAAGGCAAACCUCUUGUGCGACGCCUUUCAGACCGUCUCGAUGUGAGUCGCAAUUUAGCGCCACGAGGAAAGCUUCAACUGUGUGUGUGUGUGCGUGUGUGUCUCUCUGUGACUUAUUACUAGGCAGCAAACUCCAUGACCUCAGCAUUCAACAACAACCCUCCUCCGUUUGAACCCCUGACUACUUGAAAGGGACUUGACAAUUUUGUUUGGCACAAUGGUCCGUUCCUGCCUGAUCGAGGAACUCCACCCGACACGAGGUUGUACUCUGUGCACGUCGGCUUUCUAAAGCCCCCAAAUUUGGCAGGUUUUUAAAUCCAGACUUAAUUUCGAAGCCGCUUUUCUGUAAGGCAUUUAAGAAAACGCAGGAAAAUCUACUUCAAAGCUGAGACUGAGUUCAACAAUUUGCCAAAAAUUCCUGAUGCUCCGAAAUGCCGGAUUUGGACCCAGAUGGGAAUUUCAAUCCCGUAAUGUUCAUGUUUUGAUCUUAUGAAUAUUGUCUAAUCCCAAUUAAUGUGUUUUGCCUGGAGUAAACUUCUUCAGUGUGCUGUCUCCAUCUAAUUCAAACACACACA